AUGAUCCUAUCAAAUUUAAUAAAGCAAUAAUCCUUUUUAUUAAAAAAAACUGCUAAUUUACCUUAUUAAUAUAGCAUUAAUAAGAACGCCUUACAUACUUACAACAUUAAGAAAUACUUUUCAUCAAAUUAAUCUUAAAAUCAAGAUUAAAUUUAGUAAGAAAUUUAGACUACUCAAACCACUCCUUAGCUCCACUGGCUAGAGAAAAACUUACCUGAAAAAUACCUUCCAUAUGUUAGAUUAGGAAGAUAUGAAAAACCUAUUGGAUACAAGCUUCUUUUUUGGCCAUGCGUUUGGGGAGCCGCUUUAGGAUAGCCAAUAUUGAGUCCUUUAGCACUUGCUCAUUUGUUUGGUACUUUUUAUUUUGGAUCAGCUGUAAUGAGAGCAGCAGGCUGCAUUGUAAACGACAUGUGGGAUCGAGAUUUUGAUAACAAGGUUGAAAGAACUAAAGUAAGACCACUUGCAUCUGGAGAUCUAACUAUGAAAUAAGCUUCUAUCUUCUUAUUCUUUCACUUAUGUGGAGGUUUGCUUACCUUAACAUAAUUGAAUUGGUUUUCUAUAGCCUUAAGUUUUGGUAUAGUGCCUAUAGCAGCUCUAUAUCCUUUGUUUAAGAGAUUUACUUACUAUCCUUAGGUUGUUUUAGGUAGUUGUUUUAACUGGGGUGUUAUGGUAGGAUAUGCAGCAGCUGCAGAUAUGAUAAACUAUAACGUUGCUAUUCCAGCUUAUAUUGGAGGUGUACUUUGGACUUUAAUUUAUGAUACAAUAUAUGCUCAUUAAGAUAAAUUGGAUGACAUAAAAGUUGGAGUUAAAAGUACUGCUCUUGCUUGGGGAGAAAAUACAAAAAAUGUUAUGUAUGGGUUGUGGGGAACUUAACUUUCUUUAUUCUUAUAUGCUGGAAUAUAAGGAGGACUCGGAUUACCUUUUUUCCCAUGCUGCUUAGCUUCACACUUAUAUUUAUUUAGACUCAUAUAAGACUUUAACAUGGAUGAUCCAAAAACAUGUUGGAACUUUUUUGUAUACAACAAAAACUUUGGUUUGCUGAUGUUUUUAUCAAUUUUAAUUGGAAAAAUUUUCCCUAAAGCUAUUGAAGAAGAUGAUGAAGAAGAUUUGAUUGAAGAUGAGAGAUAAACACAAUAAAAUAAGAAUAAAAUUGAAACUCAAAAACCAUGA